AGUCGGUGAUGAAAGGGAUGCGACGUCCCGAGCAGGAGACACCCUUUGUAAGGAGGUCGCGCAAUCCUCGACCGCGACGGGCGCGAUUUCGGGAGCACUUUUUUAGCUGAAUUCGUCUCCCGCCGUCACGAUGGCACGGUGUUGGGGCUUUUGGAAGGCUGCGAGUCGCGCGAUGGGUUCGGAGUCAGAGGGUUGGGCCGAAUCGCCGCUAAACACCCGGGGGCUAUUUGGCUGGAGAGGCGAAGGGCAGACAAAGGGCUUCGCGAGGAUCCAAUCGAGUGAUCGGUUCGAUUGCUGGAAUAUGAUUCAGCGAAUGCGACCGGAUUCUGAGAAUUCUAAGAAUUAGUGAACAAAACUCGGGCAGCGAGGUGGUGUGGUGAGAUGGCUGACAAUAAGCUUUUUCGAGGGAGUACCAGGUAGGCACUUUCUCGAAAAGCACGGAGUGCUGUAGGAGUCCCAAUGGGCAGCCCCCGUCGAGCCGCACAGGGAUGAACCGAAACGGGUAUUAUGGAGCUAGACCCCGAUAGUAUCACCGUGGAAAUUAUUUUCUACUGCCCCUAAAAAAGUGGCGUCACGAGGAUUUUGUCCUGUGGAUAGCCCAAAUAGUAGCAAGUUCUGCUUAUGAUAUAUAAAUUUCAACGUUUUUGUUGUGGUUUCUUUUUUUGACCGAAGCUGAAGGGAGGGGUCUUCUUGAAAGGCCGGAUGAGAGAAAAGGAUUGGAGCAGAGAUUGCGUUUUGCGUGAUUGUUUCGCUUCAGUUGAAACGACUACGUCUUCAUUGAGAUUGUAGCGGACAAUGUGGUUGAUCUCGUAAUAGUGGAGAGGACUGGCGUUUUUUGGACAUGUGGAGGUUUCAAUUUAGUUGCGACAGGCGGAAAUUUGAAGUGUGUGUUCUUACGGCAGUAGGGUUUUAGGAAGAAUUUCAGCCAAGUCUCGAAUUGGUACGCUAUGGAGGUUGAAAGGGUUCCCAGGAGAAGCCUUGAGGCUAAAGCUUUCCUAAGUCCAGGUUUGGGAAGUAUUGCGCAGGAGGCGAGUUGUUGUGACGAAAAAUGUAUAUGCAGUUUUUUGACCGAGCAGGGAGUGUAGAUGUAUUCUGUUUUGCGACUUCUCAUUCGAAUUGUAUUUGAUGUCGGCUAAGUGCCGGGGGAUUCUUAUAUAUCCCGCUGAUGAUUCGCCAGGCCCAGAGACCUCGAAUUUCUUUUGAGGUUGCACGAUCGUGUUUUGGCCCUUCCAGAGUCACAAAGACUAGUCAUCGAUGUGUGGCAAGUGAAGGGGCAGAAUUCAGAAAUUUUAUAUACAACAAUCAUCACCUACGAGCUACCAGAGUUUCAUACUGAGAGCGAAGUCUGAGAAGGAAAUAAAUUGGUGGAGAAUUGCAGAAACAUGGCCUGUCCGGUAGGCUCUCUCAAGGGAACCACUCCAGUGGGGCCUUUGGAGCUGCCAGAGGAAUUACUUCAAGCCCUAGCUGGAAGAACACAAGAAGAAGGGUUGACCAAUAUCGCAGAUUUACCUGCGGUCGUUGUCGGAACAAUUCUUUCUCGGCUUACGAACCCUUUCGAUGUAGCUGCAGCCUUCAAUGCCUCGCGAAUUUUCUGGGCCGUCCGUCAGACCGUCCCUUUUCGACUGAAACUCCGCCCCAGUCGGUUAGGAUAUGAUGCACUCAAAGUAGUGACCUGGACACGGAAGGCUGUCUCCAGUAUCAGACGAACAAUGGUUGGUACUCGAGAGUUGGACCUGGCAGUAUGUCCUAUUUUGGAUGAGGAUGUAGCUGCAGUACUGGUCGAUCUGCCCAACCUGGAGCAGCUUAUUCUUGAUGGCUGUCAAAAAUUGACAUCUUCAGUUGCAGAUGCCUUAGCAAUGUCUGUACGAUCAGGACCGCGAGUACUCAGUCUGCAGAGAUGUUUUGGUCUGGGGCCAGCUGCAGCUGGAAACCUUUUAGUAGCAGCAGGAGCAGCAGACGGUUUCCGGCUUAAGACAUUAUUGUUAAGCCAUCUGGACAGGUUGGACCUUCCCCGGGAUCCUCCUGCUUUAGAGACAUUGGAGGAUGGUGCAGAGAAGGAGACUUUAGAGAAUGUGGAACUGGUCAAAAGUAUAGUGAGCCGAGUUCCCGGCACGGGUCUGCGUAUUCUGGCUCUGCACAAUUGUGGCAACCUUGGACCAUUUGAACUGGCUGCUAUUGCUGAAACAUGCCCAUGUUUGGAGAUUUGGAUGCUUGGAGGCUCAACCGAAGGAUUGAAUCUCUCCAGACGUGUUCCUUGGGAAGGAGGCUCAACUGAAGUAUCGGGUCUCUUGGAACUUGUUCAUUUGGAAGUUUUACAUCAGGAAGAAACUAUCAUCGCUUCUUCUGCCGUAAUAAGGGCAGCAAGGCUUUUAUCUCGGUUGCGGAUUCUUGAAAUCACAUUUUUUUCUACUCCUGUUCUGCGAGCAGUCAGGGCGCAGUUACCAUCUGGUAUUCGUGUUUGGGACUUUUGCGACGGGGAGUCUGUGACGGCAGCAGCAAAAUUGAUAUCCACCUUAAAAGGUUGUAGCAUGCCUGUCGAUUGCGAAGGGCAUCAGCUUAGGGCUGGUGUAUAUUCAGCUUCUCCUGAUUGUGGUGUUGGAUUGGAUUGGAUACCUGAAGACUUGAGGAAUACUAUACACUUAGCUGAACCAAGUACGGACGAGAUGAGACUGAGACAUUCAGGUAAUUUAGAUGAGGGGUGGGACAGUUCUGUGGACGACAUACUUUUGGCUUUGAAGGCGGCGACCAACUGUUCGGGCUUCAGGAGGAGGACCCCGUUGCAUGUUGCUGCUUUACGAGGUGACUCUCAUGUGACAGCGAAGCUGCUCUCUAUAGGGGCAUCUGCGAAACAAGGGAAGGACUCAAAUUCAGCCACUGCUCUGUUUCUCGCUGCGGAGAGUGGUCAUGCGCAAGUUUGCAAUCUGCUGUUGAAAGCAGGUGCAGACGUCCUUUCAAGAAACAGAAAUGGAGAAACUCCUCUUUACAUCUCGGCCCUGCGAGGGCACUCUGAUGCCGUGGGUGUCAUGCUCGCUCAUUGCCACGAGCGAGGAGUGAAUUGGCAAGAUGCUGAUGUAUAUGGUGAUGGUUGGACUCCUCUGAUGGCCGCCACAGUGGCUGAUCGACAGGCUGUGGCUAAAGUUGUGCUGGACUUCGCUCUAUCUAGUCGUGAACAUCACGAGGAGACAGAGUCGAGCAAGUUGGACCAGGUCAAUAAGCCAAUCGGAUCAAGAAUAUCAGCUCCACCACUGGUGGACGCACAGAAUAGAUAUGGACAAAGUGCACUUCAUAUCGCGGCCCGAAAAGCAUCUACUUGGUUUGUGGAUUGUCUCUUAAAUGUUGGUGCCUCUUUGGACGUCAGAGAUAAUUACGGCUUGCGACCCAUUGAUGUGGCUCGCAGCCUGCGACAUUCAGCGAUCGAAGAAAGCUUGAAGAAGUGGCAGGAGACACAUGCUAAGUCGACCACCGGCGGCAACAGCGGGAAAACUAGUCGAAAGAGGAAAUCGAAGCUGAAAAAAGCCGCGGCAGCUGCAGAAGAGAAUAGUAAUGCUUCUGCUGAAGCUAAUUCGGCUGCGGAAGAGCAAGAGAAAAUGAGAGCCGAUGUUCAAGCGCUUGAAGCAAGCAUCCAUGAAUUCCAUGAAGUAGAAUAUGCCGCGGAGGUCCUUGCCGGGCCUGGCGACAAAGAGUUAUCCUUAGGAAGCUUAAGUAUGUGAAUCGAUAACAGCAAACAAUUUUCUUGAUUUGAAAGCCUGGUGGAGAGAGGCCCAUUUCCUUCAUAUGAGCCUUCUAUUCUCUCACAAGUGUAUUAACUGUGCCCAUUUGCGUAAAUUUCCGCUAGUAUAUAGUAAGGUUACACAAGUAUGCAAUGAGGGUAAUAGAGAAUGAAGUAUCAAGAGUGUUGAAUUACCAAAGGCUAUGGUGGUGAAACGUGGAAACCUGUCAUAUACCUUACGGUUAUCCACUGAGUACCAUUGGCUAAUGUUGAUUUCACAUCACCUUGAACAGGGUGCUUAACAUUUGGAAAACAUCACCCUAGAGAAAGGGACACCUUUAUCAUAUUUUUUGCUAAUUGCUAACAUGAUAAUGUUAGACGAAAUAUGUAAUGAAACAGGAAUAGAGACAAAUAAUUCUUUGCACACUC